UUUACUUCUUACUUUCUCUUUCUCCUGUGGUGCAGUGUUUUCCUCGCCACUUUUCACACCGCCCUAUGAACAAAAGAACCUUAAUCGACUUUUCUUUCAUGAAGCAUUAAAUUAGCUGGGUGGCAUCUACCAUGUCUCUUCGUUUUCCAGCGACCAUAACGAAGUUGGUUCACUCUCUCGUGUUCAUGUCCUGUCUCUCUCUGGUGGAAUCUCCAGAAAUUCAAGCAGUAAUCGGAAAUGACGUCAUUCUACCAUGCCACACCGUGUUUGACAAGAACAAUUCAAAAGUGACGUGGAAACACAGUGGCCAGAUUGUGCACACAUAUCAGUAUGGGAAGGACUAUCUAACUAAUCAGCACACUAACUUCAAAAAUAGAACAUCUCUCUUCCAUGAUGAAAUGACCAGAGGAAACCUUUCACUAAAACUGACCAAUGUCACUGAACGGGAUGCAGGAAGUUACAGCUGCGAGGUCCCAGAACAGUCCAAACAUCUCAUUACCCUCGUUGUUGAAAUUCAAGCAGUAAUCGGAGAUGACGUCAUUCUACCAUGCCACACCGUGUUUGACAAGAACAAUUCAAAAGUGACGUGGAAACACAGGGACCAGAUUGUGCACACAUAUCAGUAUGGGAAGGACUAUCUAACUAAUCAGCACACUAACUUCAAAAAUAGAACAUCUCUCUUCCAUGAUGAAAUGACCAGAGGAAACCUUUCACUAAAACUGACCAAUGUCACUGAACGGGAUGCAGGAAGUUACAGCUGCGAGGUCCCAGAACAUCCCGGACAUCUCAUUACCCUCGUUGUUGAAAUUCAAGCAGUAAUCGGAGAUGACGUCAUUCUACCAUGCCACACCGUGUUUGACAAGAACAAUUCAAAAGUGACGUGGAAACACAGUGGCCAGAUUGUGCACACAUAUCAGUAUGGGAAGGACUAUCUAACUAAUCAGGACACUAACUUCAAAAAUAGAACAUCUCUCUUCCAUGAUGAAAUGACCAGAGGAAACCUUUCACUAAAACUGACCAAUGUCACUGAACGGGAUGCAGGAAGUUACAGCUGCGAGGUCCCAGAACAUCCCGGACAUAACAUUACCCUCGUUGUUGAGAGAAAGCCCACCAAAGGUCCGGUUCAUGUUACAAGUAAGUAAAUAUCUACAUUACAUAUUUGUAAUGUGUUAAAAGUAUUUUAGCACUUAAACACAAUGUUUUUCAACAGAGAGAAAGCUAG